GCUGGAGACUGUCGUGGUGGGGGUGACCGACGUGGUGGACAUCACCAUCACCCUCCGCAACCGCGGGGAGGACUCAUACCGGGCCACUGUCCAGCUACAGCACGCCAAGGCCCUCUCCUACCGCAAGGCCGUGGUACUCCAGUCCUCCAGAAGGUCCGCGUCCCUGCGCUGCAACUCGGAGCCGGCGGAAGGACCGCAGCGCAGGACCCUCUGCUUUGUCAACCACCCCAUCUUCCGCCCUGGAGCCGAGGUCGUGUUCACCGUCACCCUGGACGUGCCCCACGGCGCAGAGCUGGGGGACGUGUUGGAGGUGGUGGCCAAUGCCAGCAGUGACAACGGGGCGCAGGGCAGCCAGGGGCAGCACGCCGCGAUCCCGGUGAAGUACGGCGUCUUCCUCGUCCUCACCAGGUAG